GGCAGUGGAGUCUCCACUCAAAAUGCUUUACUCUCAUCUAUUCUUCAGUCUCGUCCACGAUCUUUACUUUUGAGAAGAUGGGCGAAAGAGACGAUGACGCACAAGGUACUCUAGAGAAGGCGAGGAUUCCUUUGUUGAGGGAUCAACAUGCGGCGGAGGACGAAGGAAGAGGAAUAGCGAUAGAGACAUGGAUGGAAACGAAGAAGCUAUGGCGUAUCCUGGGACCGGCCAUAUUCUCCAGAGUCUCGACCUACUCGAUCUUCGUCAUUACUCAGGCUUUUGCCGGCCACCUAGGCGAGCUAGAACUCGCCGCCAUAUCCAUCGUCCACAACGUCAUCAUCAGCUUCAGUUUCGGCCUCCUUCUAGGAAUGGCGAGUGCGUUGGAAACGCUGUGCGGGCAAGCGUUUGGAGCCAAGAAGUAUGACAUGUUGGGAGUGUAUAUGCAGCGAUCUUGGAUCGUUCUCUUCUUAUUCUGCAUCUUGCUCCUUCCUAUGUACUUGUUUGCGUCUCCAAUUCUCAAGUUCUUUGGCCAGCCUGAUGACAUUGCUGAGCUCACGGGUAUUAUCGCCGUUUGGACCAUUCCUACCCAUUUUGCAUAUGCCUUCUAUUUACCUCUAAGCCGCUUCCUCCAAUGCCAGCUCAAGAAUAGGGUGGUUGCAUUUUCUUCUGGAUUGGCACUUGUGGUUCACAUAUUUGUGUGCUGGCUUUUUGUGAACGGUCUUAAACUUGGAGUCAUAGGGACUAUGGCUACUAUUAACGUGUCAUGGUGGUUCAAUGUAUUCAUCUUAUUUACUUACACUACUUGCGGCGGUUGUCCGCUCACUUGGACCGGUUUCUCCACCGAAGCUUUCACCAAACUAUGGGAAUUCGCUAAGCUCUCUUCGUCCUCCGGAAUCAUGAUUUGCUUGGAGUAUUGGUAUUACAAAAUUUUAAUUGUGAUGACUGGAAAUAUGGAAGAUACAAAAAUUGCUGUCGACUCUUUGUCUAUAUGCAUGUCAAUAAACGGUUUGGAGAUGAUGAUUCCAUUUGCUUUCUUUGCCGGCACCGGCGUACGAGUGGCGAAUGAAUUAGGAGCAGGCAGUGGAAGAAGAGCUAGAUUUGCAAUGGUCGUAUCAGUGACACAAUCGUUAAUCAUCGGAAUAAUAUUUUCGGUGCUCGUAGCAUUUCUUCAUGAUCAAAUCGGUUGGAUUUUCUCUUCAAGUGAAACUGUCAUAAAAGCUGUCGCUGAUCUCUCUAUUCUCCUAGCCUUCACGAUUCUUCUCAACAGUGUUCAGCCAAUUCUUUCCGGUGUUGCUGUUGGAUCCGGUUGGCAAUCAUCCGUGGCAUAUAUAAACUUAGGAUGCUAUUAUUUCAUUGGACUUCCACUUGGAUUUGUUAUGGGCUGGAUUUUCAAGUCUGGUGUCAAGGGUAUUUGGGCUGGUAUGAUAUUUGGAGGAACCGCGAUUCAAACAUUGAUUUUGACCUGUAUUGUUAUGAGAUGUGACUGGGAAAAAGAGGCCCAAAAAGCAAAUGUUCGCGUUAAGAGAUGGUCUGUCUCAGAUCCAAGAAAUUGAAGACUGUAUUUCUACUUCAGCUUUAAAUUAUAAAAGCAUCAUACUAAAAACAUGAUGCUACUGCCAGAUUGUAUACAUGUUUAAGAAAUUAUUAAUGUUACCGUUAGAUUUUUCUUAUCGUCUUAUAUUGCAUUAUUGCGGUGGGGUUUGCAUGAAUCUGUGGACCAUGG